AUGUGGAACCAGCGUAUAUACGACUACAAGUUUAAACCACGAAAAUCAUAUAAGAAACCAGUUCUAGCUUUCCCAACUCCAAGCUUAUACGCAUUUGCUAGCCGGAAAAAGGUCGUGCCUGUGGAUGAAAAUGUGAAAUGGAAAUUUAUCAAUGAUUGGGUAAUGUCCACUGAAUAUUCUACGGGGUGCCCAUCAACAUGGAUUUGCCGUCCCGACGAAAUUCAACUGUUGUACAACGAUCCAGCAGAUUAUCAGGAUGACCAAAGGAACCGGGAGAUAGAACAAAUUUUUACCGAUAGUUUUGAAUAUUUUGAAGAGGAACUCCCAGAUUAUGAUGAAAACAUGGAGGAGGACGACUCAUGGAUCACCCAAGAAAUACCGAGAUGGGCGACGAACAGUGAGCCUUGCGUCGCACAAGAGAUACCGUCUUUACUGACAGAACCUGAACCGAUGCCCCGGGAGUUCAUGUCAACAGAUAGAAAAUUGGCGAUAAUGCAUCUUCAAGCCAAAAACGAUAAACCGAUUCUUCCACCGAACAUCGAGCCAGUCCAGCAUAUUAGAUCGGAACCGGGUUUACAUGCAAAUGGAGACUCUUUCUUUAUAUCACAAACUGAUGUCCAAAACAAGGCGGUAGAUAUGGAAUAUGAUAUCAACAACUCGAAUGACAUAGAAGAGUUCAUUUCUGAGUCGGAAGUUCUCCAUUAUUCAAAAAUGGUCAUAUCCUUUUAUCCUGUCAUUUGCGAAGGACCGGACAACAACGAUCCGUACUGUCUGGAUAAACGAAAUGAUGAUGAUGACUGGUAG